UUCACCCUGCCAUCAGCAGUCAGCCAGUUUCGGUGGCAGAAGGGGCCACAGCUGCUUCCUGUCAGCCCCCUGGGGCAGAAGCAUGCAGUGGUGUCUCCUCCUGAUCUGGGCCCAGGGGCUGAGGCAGGCUCCCCUCCCCACCUCAGGAGCUGUGACAGGCAGAAUAGUAACAAUGGGGAACAUUUCUGCAGAGGAAGGUGGCUCUGUCACCUUACAAUGUCACCUGUCCUCCACCACUGCCAAAGUGACCCAAGUCAACUGGAAGCAGCAAGACCAAGUUGUGGCCAUUCAUCAUGCCAGGUUGGGGUGGCAUAUCGAUCCUGCCUUCAGGGAGCGAGUGGUCCCGGACUCCGAUCUGGGCCUCACCUUCCAGUCACUGACCAGUAACGACACAGGAGAGUACACCUGCAUCUAUCACACCUACCCUGACGGGAUUUACAAAGGGACACUCUUUCUGCAAGUCCUACGACACUCAGUGGCUGAGUACAGCGCUGGGUUCCAGAUCCCAUUGCUUGGAGCCAUGGCCGCAGUGCUGGUGGUCAUCUGCGCGGCAGUCAUUGUGGUGGCCACAUUGGCCAGAAAGAAAUCUCUCAGAAUCCGUUCUGCGGAAGGUGACCUUGGGAAGAGGCGGUCUGAACCCGAGGCGUCCAGGCCCAGGGUCGGGUCCUCCCCCGGCAGCUGUGUGCAGGCAGAUGCCGGCCUGUGCGGGGACGCGGGCGGAGAGGACCACGCCGAGGCCGAGCCGCACGAGUACUUCAACGUCCUGAGCUACAGAAGCCUGGCCAGCUUCAGCUUCCCUACCGAGACGGGUUAGCGCCCGGGCAUCCUCCAGGAGACCCAGUGCGGUCUUUGUCGUCACAGAUGGAUGUAUUGGCAUCUGAACGUCACGGUUCUGUGUGUAUGUAUGUGUGUGCAUGUGUGUGCGUGUGUGUUCUGUCAAGUGAGUGCAUGUCAUCCUCCUCUGUGUCUAUGUUUCCUCUACCGGUCCCUCCAGUUCCAUGGUGCAGACCCCAGUGAGGAGCUUGUGUUUGAUUACAAAUGCGAAGUUAGAAAACCGAACAAAGACCUGACCUGGUUUUGAAUUUGGCAGUGGGAGCAGAUCCUGUGGCUGAGAUCUGCAUCCCCUCUGAAAGCACUGGGCAGGGCUUAGGGCUAUAGGGCUCUGUGGUGGGUGAUGGUGGUGGGGUGACUGCAGAGAAACCUCAUUUCAUUUGUCACUGUCAUUUUCAUCAAUGCUCACACACUGGAGGCAGGCUACCAGCUUCUAUUGGGCUUCCCAGAUGGUGCUAGUGGUAAAGAACUCACCUGCCAGUACAAGAGAUGUAAAAGACGUGGGUUAGAUCCCUGGGUUGGGAAGAUGCUCUGGAGGAGGG